AUGGACUCGUCGCCGCACGUGAUGCGGCGUCACGUCCAAUCCCCAGUUCUGGUAAAUUUGGUGACCCACCGGAAAGCUUACUCUCCUCCGUCUUUGACCAACAUCACCCAAAGGUAAUCGCACCCACUGUCCACAUGUCCGCCCCACGCGCCCUGGCCCAGCGCUCCAUUCACCUGAGGAUUUUGCCGCGACCUUCGAAUCUGUCCGAGAGUCGCGAGAUCUUUCGUGUGCUGCAGCGCUUCGGCGAGGUCAGCACCUUCAAGUAUCUGCGCUAUGAAUACCAGAACCCAGCAGACAACGUCGCCCUGGCCAUCUACCGUGACGAGAACUCGGCCCAACGCGCCCUCAAUGCCUCUCCCAUACGCUUUGCCCUCGAGAGAGUCGUAGAAGCCGACAGCGAACCUACCCAGCCCCCAGACAAAGACGAAGACGACCCUCUGAACCUCCCCAAAACACCCACCAAACACGGCAUCAACGACAUGCUCCGCCCCUCGCAACUCUUGACCCGCACCCUCCCGUCCACAACCCACGCACCCCCCCACUCUCCAUCCUCGAAACAGCCGCCAAUGCCAUUCGAACCUGUCCCCUCACCCCCUCAAUCCAAUCCCCAAAAGAAGAACUGGACCAAAUUAUUCAGUAUAACCGUUGACCGCUCGCGCGCCGUCCACCAAGACUUCAUUGAACGACAACCCUACUGGAAGCAGUUCCACCCCAUGAAAUCCAUGGCCCAAGAAGAUCUAGCCAAGCAGGUACCCCAUAUUGGCUUGAGCGAUGUGACUAAACGGCCGCCGAAUGCCCAUCGCACCCCGAAUCGUGUAUUGCGCAUCAUGAGUAACUAUGUGGAACGUAAAAUGCCGACGUUGCGGGGGAUGGCGGAGAAUAGUGAACAGGAUACGAGAUUCAGGGAGAGAAGGGGGCUCUGA